AACUAAGCAAGAGCCAAGACUUAUCACUUCUGUCUUUUACACACUACAGCUGCAUCCUGACACUCUUCCUUUCUCUAGAUUUAUUCAAUUAAUCGCCUCUUUUUUUCUCUUACUUUCCACUCUUCACCUAUAUUUUCUCUUCUGUCUAGAUCUCCAUUUUUAAACCAAAUUAAGCAGAUCUAUCUUCUUUGUUUUGAUUUAUUUUACUUGGGUUUUUUCAGUAUGACUUUGUAGCUUUAGAUUACACCCACUUAAGAGUACACACUGAAAAUGGCGAGUUCUGACCCGAAUAACAAGCCCAAACCCGGACAAAAUCCACCGUUGCCGGAAUCCAAGCCAAUGCCGCCAUCUUCUUGGGCUAAGCGAACUGGGUUCCGACCCAAAUUCUCUGGUGAGAGUAAUGCUACUGAUUCUGGUCCAAUUGCGUCUGUUCCCAAGCAAAGGAGCUCAGAUUCCGCCAUUGAUCUUGAAAUGGGCCGUGCAAGGCCCAUACCAACAGCAAAUGGGCCUCCACCACCUCCUCCGAGGGCGGGUGUUCCGGCGGCGGGUGGGGAAAAGGAGACACCAGUGAAGAAGAGAAGAGACUCUGAUGGUGCUGGUGGGGGUUCGGUGAAAGGGCCCACACCGAUUGCAAAUGGGCAGGCACACCGAAACGAGGUGCCUGCCCGGAGAGAGCAGGGAAGGAAUGAGGAAGCGGUCGAGGUGGUGCCGCCGGUUCAGAAUUGGGGGGAUGAUGGGUUUGUUGAAAGACAGUCUCAUAUGAAGUAUGAGCUUAGAGAUGCUCCUGGGAUUGUGCCCAUCGGUUUUUAUGGUCUCCAACAUUAUGUUUCCAUUUUGGGUUCAAUAAUUCUGAUACCUCUAGUAAUUGUACCGGCAAUGGGUGGUUCUUAUGAAGAUACAGCCAACGUAGUGUCGACGGUGCUCUUCAUGUCUGGGGUAACGACGCUCUUGCAUACGUUUUUCGGGACUAGAUUGCCCUUAAUACAAGGGCCUUCAUUUGUAUAUCUAGCUCCUGCACUUGCCAUAAUCAAUUCAACCGAGUUCCAAAAGCUGCAUGGAAAUAAUUUCAAGCAUAUAAUGAAGGAGCUCCAAGGGGCCAUUAUAAUAGCAUCUGCAUUCCAAGCUUUCCUAGGCUACAGUGGACUGAUGUCAUUGUUAGUCAGGAUUAUCAAUCCAGUUGUUGUGGCCCCAACUAUUGCUGCUGUGGGCCUUUCUUUUUAUAGUUAUGGCUUUCCACAAGUUGGUAGCUGUCUUGAAAUUGGUGCUGUGCAGAUAUUGCUUGUGAUAAUCUUCUCUCUAUACUUGAGGAAAAUAUCUAUUCUUGGUCACCGUGUAUUUCUAAUUUAUGCGGUCCCGUUGGGUCUGGCAAUCACAUGGGGUAUUGCGUUUCUUCUAACUGCAGCUGGGGCUUACAACUACAAAGGUUGUGAUCCGAAUGUACCUACAUCGAAUAUUAUAUCUGAGCACUGUAAAAAACAUAUUGCAAGGAUGAAGCAAUGCCGUGUUGAUUCUUCUCAUGCAUUAAGCAUGGCUCCAUGGUUCAGAUUUCCUUAUCCGUUGCAAUGGGGUACACCUGUAUUCAGCUGGAAAAUGGCUCUUGUCAUGUGCUUUGUGUCCAUUAUUGCGUCAGUGGAUUCUGUUGGCUCGUACCAUGCGUCAUCCUUAUUGGUGGCUUCCAGACCUCCAACACGAGGUGUUCUUAGUCGAGGGAUUGGCCUGGAAGGAAUUUGCAGCGUUUUAGCUGGCCUUUGGGGUACCGGGACUGGAUUUACAACGCUCACUGAAAAUGUGCAUACAAUUGCAGUGACUAAAAUGGGAAGCCGGAGAGCUGUUGAGCUUGGUGCUUGUAUUUUGAUAAUCUUAUCUCUUAUAGGUAAAGUUGGAGGAUUUAUUGCUUCAAUUCCUCAAGUCAUGGUUGCUGCUCUCCUUUGCUUCAUGUGGGGGAUGCUUACCGCAUUAGGCUUAUCAAAUCUACGUUACAGUGAAGCUGGAAGUUCUAGAAACAUCAUUAUUGUUGGACUCUCCCUCUUUUUCUCUCUUUCUGUACCAGCUUACUUCCAACAAUACGGUAUCUCUCCAAAGUCGAACACAUCUGUACCAAGUUAUUUUCUUCCGUACAUUGUAGCCUCUCACGGGCCUGUCCACACCAACUUUGGAGGGCUUAAUUAUGUUCUCAACACACUACUUUCAUUUCACAUGGUAAUUGCGUUCCUCGUUGCCGUAAUCUUGGAUAAUACUGUACCCGGAAGUCGACUAGAACGUGGUGUGUAUGUCUGGUCGAAAGCCGAGGCAGCCAGGAGAGAACCAGCAGUCAUCAAAGACUAUGGUUUGCCAUUCAGAGUAGGACGAGCUUUCAGGUGGGUCAAAUGGGUCGGUCUUUGAGGAGUAAAAUGUAAAUCUUUUCCACAUUUUUUAUCGUUAUUGGAGAGACGGUUAAAGAUUGAGUAGAAAAGUGGGAGAAAAACCGGGAAAGCGAUAGCUGCGAGAGGUUUCAAACUUAAUGCCCCAUUUUGGCCUAUACGAAGACGCAGCAUUUCUGGAAAAUGGAUUUUCCGGUUUCUUGGCUCUGAAGAGGUGAGCUAUGUACAUCCUAAAAGCCCGUUCGUUUACCUUGUAAUGUAAUGUAAUAUUGAAUGUAGUAGAAGUACAAGGAUUUUGUAUGUAUGUAGUUUUUGAGUUAUGUUCAUUCUAAGGAUGCAAAAUUUGUAUUUCCGGGAUCAUUCGUUUAUGUAACACCAGAUAUGCAUCUGGUGUUGCAAGGCUGUACUUACUUUUUCCUUCCUUUUUUUGCUGCAUUGAGUAUAUAUAAGACCAUGAAUAUUGAUUUGUAUUUGUUGCCAAGUUCAUGUGGCUUUGAUCA